GCCGAGCGAGGGCGCGGACGAGGCGACGCCGCGCCAGCAGGCGUCACAUGGAGGCAGGGCGCCGGGGACGUCUGUGCCGUGGACCGCUCCUCUCCGUCUCUCUCUCUCCGCCUCUCUGAGGGACCGCUGAGCGUCUCGUCGUGCCGGAUACCGGGACCCACGAUGCCCCUGUUCGGGUGGAUGAAGUGGCCGCGCGGGGAGAGCGAGCGGGUGCAGGGGGUGCCCAAGGCGCCGGGCGGGCCGAGCCGCACGCUGAUGCGCGAGCUGCUGUGGCACGUGGAGGAGCGCGAGCGGCUGGCGCGGGAGGUGGAGCGCGAGCACCGCCUCUCCCACGGCACGCUGGGAUACCACUGGCUGCGGAGCUACCCCAGCCUGCGCUCGCUCAUCCCGCCCUCCGAGCGCCAGCAGCUGGAGUACCUGUGCGCCCAGAUCCAGCCCGCGCACACCGCCACCGUGCUCUCCAGGUUCCGUGAAGUGCUGGCCAGCAACAACAUCCUGCCCUGGGAGCUGGUGUACGUCUUCAAGCAAGUCCUGAAGGACUUCCUCAGCAAGGAGGAGGAGGAGGAGGAGCGGCAGCCGCUCCGGCCGAUGGAGGCGUGGACCAACCGCUACCAGAUGAAGCAGGGCUUUGUCACGCCCACCGUGCCCGACUGCGGCGAGGUACACAAGGAGGAGAUCCCCACCAUCUCCAGCUACGUGGACCGCAGCAUGCGCGGGGCCUGCCCCUACAUCGCCCAGAGGGACUGGGACCUUCCCUACUACUACCCAACCCCCUACAGCUGCUCCGAAGCCUACAGCACCACGCUAUAAUACAGCCUCCUCCCUGCCCUCUGUCAUGUCUUAACUGACUCUCCUGGGACAAGAUGGGGCCCACACGGCUUCAAAAAGGAAAUCUGGACUCUUCGAACAGACCGCUUUCUAUGGUAGUCACUAACUUUAAGUAGAGGACCAUUUCGUUUUUAUUCGUAAGGGACAACUUUGUGUGCACGGCCAGA